AUGUCUUCUGAAAAUGUCUAUUCUUGUAGGUUAAGCUUGUGAACAAUGAAUGCUUUAAAGCUCCUGAGUGUGUUGCUCUUCGGAGUGAUUUUGAGGGCUCUCGCUAUAGAUUCGGGAAAAUGUGAUGAGUAUACCAACACGUGCGCGGUGAUUUCGUGCGGGAUGCAUAGCUCGGGCGGUCAACCCGGAAGAGAUGGGAGAGACGGUAAAGAAGGAGCGAAAGGAGAAAAAGGAGAUCGAGGUCCUCAAGGAAGCCGGGGUAGUCAAGGACCUCCUGGAAAACUCGGUCCUCCAGGAGUUAAGGGCGACAAGGGUUCUGUCGGCGAAAAAGGGGAACAAGGAAGAAGUGCUACUUCAGAGGUUGAGGUCGUAAUUGGACAAAUGAAGACUUUAGAAGAGCAACUACUCAAGCUUCAAGCAAACAUAAACAAGUACGCUAAAAUUUUGCUUUUCCAUGGCGGCAAACAAGCCGGCGACAAGGUUUUUGUAACCAACGGCCUGGAGGAAAGCUUUGAGAGCGUGCAGAGGACCUGUAAGGAAGCCGGGGGUAACAUAGCCACGCCGAGGAACGCGGCCGAGAACAGCGCGGCCCAGGAGAUCCUCCACGCCAAAGGCGAGAACCCAAAGGCGUUUUUGGGAAUAUCAGACCUGCAGGUGGAAGGGAUCUUCAAAUACGCCGGGGGUGACAAGAUCGACUACAGCAACUGGAACUUGGGCGAACCCAACAACAGCAAGGAUAACGAAGACUGUGUUGAGAUACAAGACAACGGAAAAUGGAAUGACAUUCCGUGUUCUCUUUUGAGAUUGGUAAUCUGUGAAUUCCAAUAAAUAUUUGUCCUAAUUA